AUGGAUAAUGCCCAGACGAGCCCAAGCUUUGCCACUCGAGCUAUUCACGUUGGUAGCACACCAGACGAAUCAACUGGCGCUGUAAUUCCACCAAUAUCUCUAAGCACCACAUACGCUCAAACAGGCGUUGGAAAUCACAAAGGAUUCGAGUACUCACGUUCGAACAAUCCCAACAGAGAAGCAUUAGAAAGACAAAUCGCAGCGCUCGAGAAUGGAAAGUAUGGAUUCGCAUUUGCAAGUGGAAGUGCAGCUGCCUCAACGCUCUUGCAUCUUUUAGGGCAUGGCCCAAGCCACGUAAUUUCAAUAGACGAUGUAUACGGUGGUACUUCGAGAUACUUCACCCACGUCGCUUCUUUGUUAGGUGUACAAACAUCGUUUGUGCCACUCGAAGGCACAGUCGAGGAGGCUGUUAUUGCGAGCAACUGGAAAAAGCAUACUAAAAUGAUUUGGGUUGAAUCUCCGACGAAUCCGACAAUGAAAAUUGUUAAUAUCCCUCAUUUGGCUCGAAUUGCACACUCAAGAGACGCAAUUUUGGUAGUUGAUAACACAUUUUUAUCUCCAUACUACUCAAACCCCCUCGAUCUCGGUGCUGAUGUGGUUUUGCAUUCUGUCUCAAAAUACAUCAACGGCCACAGCGAUGUUAUAAUGGGAGUAGUUGUGACUAAGCACCAACAUUUGGCGGAGAGAUUGAGGUUUUUCCAGAAUGCCAUCGGAUCUGUACCGUCAGCUUUCGAUUGCUGGUUGGCACAGCGGGGAGCAAAAACGCUGCACCUCCGAGCGGAGAGACAUGGUGAAAAUGCACUCAAGUUGGCCCACUACUUUGCAACAGAGGGCGUCAAAAGGGGAUGGGUGAAAAGCAAGCAUGACAUUUUGUACCCUGGUCUCCCCUGGAACGCAAACUAUGAUAUAAUGAUGGAACAAAUGUCAAAGCACGUCAAAGCCAACAAUGGAGAUGUUUCCUUGGGAGUACCAACAGGUGGAAUGCUUAGUGUCAGCUUCUCAGACAGUGUUUCUGAAGCUGGUGAAAAGAUACUCGAGCGUCUCACACUUUUCUCGCUGGCUGAGUCGCUCGGUGGUGUAGAGAGCCUGGCAGAGCUGCCAUCGAAAAUGACACAUGCAGGUAUACCAAAAGCGCUCAGAGAAGAACUAGGCAUCAACCAAAACCUUGUUAGGUUUAGCGUUGGCGUGGAGGACUAUCAAGACCUCGAGAAUGAUAUUCGAAGGGCUGCUGAAGAUGUGUACGCAAGUUAA